ACCUCCUCUUCGCUCGCUCCUCCCCCCUUCCCUGCUCAUCCACGGACACCCGCUGGCCCUCUCAGAUCGGCCCUGGAGCGCCAUGAACACAUUCGACCUCCACGCAGAGCUUCUGCAGCUGCAGGAGCGCUCGCUCACCUGGGACGCCGAGCUUCCGCUGUCCGACUGGGGAUUCCGUGAGCUCGACGGCAAGCUCGAUGAGAUCCUGGUGCAACUCCAGGAAGACUCCUCCAACAUCAUUGAUGAGCAGCUCUUUGAUCAUGUCCGAAGCUUUAUCAAACACUUUGACAGUCUUCCGGGCGCCAUCGGCAACAAGUUUGUCGAUCUGGUGCUCUCCGAAUUCGACUCCCAGAUUGAGAGCGUGCAGCGGGACAUUGACGAUGGCAACCAACGUGCCUUUGAGAUCGGAAAGCAGAGCCUGGAAAUGUACUCGUACUUGAUCCACUGGCUCCUCGAGACCGGCGAGAAUCGCUGGAGAGCCGAAAAGAAGGAGCGGGAUGACAAGAGCGGCGCCUCGACCAAGCCCAAGAGAGGUAGAUCCAAGAACAUCAACAAAGAAGAUGCCGAGUGGGAGUGGAUCCGACCCAAAAUGAAGUCCCUAUCACUGUUCUCGAAGCUUCUGUCUCUGCAGCUGGACCGCAUCAUCAUCUCGUCGACCGAGCGCGACGUGCUGUCGAGUAUGAUCACAAAGUCGCUGGCGUUGCUGCUCGAGGACCCCGAGAAUCUGAAAAUCACCGAUUUCAAGGUGCACACGUUCCAGAUCCUUGCGCUGUGUGCGCAAAAGUACGACAACAAAUUCGGCAACGCGGUCUCCUCGCGUGUACUGCAGUACAUGAAAGAAGAGCAUCUGGCAGAGCCUAUGGCCGAGCUGCUGGGCUUCCUGGCUCACAGGGAUCUCGUCAAAGUCGUAGACGAUGUGCUCCGCGAUAUUGGCAAGAUGGAGGUUGGCGAAAAGGACGCCAAAGUGGCAAAGGCCAUCUCGCGCUUCCUCAUCAAGGUUUCGGAGCUCCUGCCCAAGGAGACACAGAAGCAGAUGGUGUUCCUGCAGACACAUCUGGACUCGGAGUCCUACACGAUGCGCUGCACAAUGAUGGAAAUCAUCUACAACAUCAUCCACAACUAUCUCGCUGUCAGCAGCUCCGAGAUCAGCAGCAAGCAGAUGAUGCAGUACUACGACGUCAUCGAGGAGCGGUUCAGGGAUACCUCUUCAUAUGUGCGCGUCAAGGUGCUGCAGGUCAUCUACAAGCUGUGCGAACGACGCGACAGCCAGAUCGUCACCGACAUUCCUCUUUCGGUCCGUCCCAAGCUCAUCGAUCUGACGAUCGGCCGCUUGAACGAUAAGGCCAGCAACGUUCGCCGAAACGCAGCCAAGCUCCUCACCGAGUUUGUUUAUUCGUGUCCCUUCUUCCGGGACAUUGAUGGCGGAAAGCUGUCGCUCCGACUCUUUGAGAAGCGAGCAAGCGACCUGGAUCAGCUCUUCCGCGAAAAGUUCCCCGCUGAAAUCGUGCAUCUGGCCGAGGAUCCAGACGAAGAUGAGGCCGAGGGCACUCCAAAGAAAAGGCUUAAAUCGGCGGCUGGUACGGACGUGAGCCACGUCGGCGGUGCCGGCGACAAGUCCGAUGACGACAGCGGAAGCGAUGACCACAAUAUGGCGGACGGCGCGGAAGCUGCUGUGGAUGCGAGUGGCGAUGAUGCAAGCAAAGAUGCAGAGAACUACCCGCAAGUUGUCGCGGCUGCCAGCGAAGAGCAGCUACGGAGCAUGCGUGCACUGAUGAAAUACUACGCCGAUGCCAUCCGGUUCUCCAAGCAAAUGACGAACGCAAGCGCCGUGCUGUGUGAGCUGCUCGCUUCGACCACAAAGUCCGAAGUCGUCGAGGCCAUGAACUUUUUCGUCGUUUCGCACCGAUUCGACAUGGAGUGCGCGGAUAUCGGUGUUCGUAAGAUGGUCCAUAAAGUCUGGGACAAGGACACGAGCAGCGAAAAUGAGAAGAGCGUGCGCGACCAUGUGAUCGACAACUAUGCCACCAUCUAUCUGGACCCUCCGGGCGACCUGAGCGAGGGCCAACGGAUCUCCAAGAUUGUGGACAACCUGAUCAGUUUGACGUACGGCAGCUCCCUUGCCGAGCUGACCUCGCUGGAGCAGCUCCUCAGUCUGCUGAUGGUCAAGGGCAAGAUCCCUGCCGAGGCAAUCGAGCUGCUGUGGCAAACAUUUGGCUCCAAGCGCAGGGAGCUGGACCCCAAGAAGCGCCGGGGUGCUCUCAUCAUCCUCGGCAUGAUCGGCAAAUCGGACGAGGGCCGACAACGAAUCGCAGCCAAGUUGGACGUGCUGUUACGAGUCGGGUUUGGCGAAAUGGGCAAGACGGAUCUGCUCCUGGCCCGCUACGCGUGCAUGACCAUCCAGCAACUCGGUCAGACGACGCGAGAGAAAGGAGGGCCCGUUUUGAUAUACGAGCGGUACCCGAUGCAUCACCCGCUUUUCAAAAAGCUGACCGAGUUGAUCCUGGAGCCGGUCUACUCCACCCACUGGUUUGGCGUCGCCGAACAGGCCAUCAACACCAUCUAUCUCCUCAGUGAGCAUCCCGAUGUCAUCUGCGGUGAGAUUCUAAAGAAGAUGGCUUCGGAGGUCUUUUCGAUCAAGAGCCCGGAGGACAAGGAGGUCGACAGCGUCGCCAGCAUGAUGUCGUCCAACCUCAACUUUGACCCCAUGGACACGGGCGAGGAGGAUAUGUCGACCCAGUCGGGGCGAAGCGGAGCCCUGGACUGCACGGCCUUCGAUCUUGCCAAGCUCUGCUUUGCUGUCGGCCAUGUGGCCAUGAAGCAGAUUGUGCAUCUCGAGGCCAUCGAGGUGGAGUGGAAGCGGCGCAAGUACCUUGAGGAAGCUCGCAAGACCCCGCGAAAGCGCGCGGCCCAAGACGACCUCGACAACGUCACCGGAACAGCCGACGACGAGUUCUCCGAGGCCAUGGUCUUUAUCCGCGAGAAGGAGCUUCUGUUUUCACAGCAGUCGCUGCUCUCGGCAUUUGCACCCUUGGUGUCGUUCAUCUGUGCCAACAAUCUCACCUUCAGCCACCCGCUGCUCCAGAUCAUGUCGGUGCUCUCGCUCUGCAAGCUGAUGUGUGUCAGCGCCGACUUUUGCGACCAGAACCUGCAGCUCUUGUUCACCAUCCUCGAGAAGAGCAGCAACCCCAUCAUCCGUGGCAACACCAUCAUCGGCCUCGGCGACAUGACCGUCUGCUACAACUCGCUCAUCGACCAGAACAUCACUUACCUGUACAACCGCCUCUCGGACGGCGACCUGAUGGUCAAGAAGAACACGUUGAUGGUACUGACCCAUCUCAUCUUGAACGGCAUGGUGAAGGUCAAGGGCCAGAUCAGCGAGAUGGCCAAGUGUCUCGAAGACAAGGACCAGCGCAUCUCGGACCUGGCCAAACUGUUCUUCACGGAGCUGAGCACCAAGGACAACGCCGUGUACAACAACCUGCCCGACAUCAUCAGCAACUUGUCGCACCCCACCACGGGCGUCGACGAAGAAAAGUUCAAGAACAUUAUGCGAUUCCUGUUCGAGUUUAUCAAGAAGGACAAACAAUCCGAGAAUAUUGUCGAGAAGCUCUGCUUGCGCUUCAAGAACUCGUCCUCGGAGCGCCAGUGGCGGGACAUUGCCCACUGUCUGUCGCUGCUCCCGUUUACAUCCGAAAAGAGCAUCAAGAAGCUGAUUGAUGGCGUCCCCCACUAUGGCGACAAGCUACACGAGCCCGCCGUGUGGAAGUCGUUCCAGGAUCUGAUCGUCAAGAUUAAGAAGGCAGCAAAAUCCGAUCUCAAGACUGCAGCUGACGAGUACGAGAAGAAGAUGGCGGAGCUGCACCUCAAAUGUGUCGAAAACGAGCAAGCCAUCAUGAACGUCAACAGCGAAGUACAAAAAUCAACCAAACCCCGGUCGACGCGGAGCUCGAUUCUGUCAUUCAUCAAACCCGAGGCUGUCGAUGAUGCCAUGGAUGAAGAGCAGCCGAUCCCCAGGGCGCGGGAUAGCAUGGUUCGGACGCCCAGCCGACGCAAGAGCUUGCUGCAGAUCUCGCAAGAGAUCACGCCAAGCCGAGCAAAGGACAUCUUCAGCGACUCGAUGGUCAACGACCCCGGCGUCAAGACACCCGCUCGAGGCCAACCACCGCACACGCCCUCGAAAACGUCGCGACGCAUGCUGAUGGACGACGAGUCCGAGGGCGAUGACGACGAGGAGGACGAUGUCCCUGCCUCGUCGCCAAUCUUGGCUGCGCGGUCGUCUCUCGCUGCUUCGACUCCCAAGUCGCGAUCGGGCAACGCUAAACGCAAGAGCCCGAUCAUUCGGAAACAAUCCUCCCGAAGCAAGCCUCGGCGGUCCAAGAAACCCAGCCGCUACGCCAGCGACUCUGACUCUGACUCGCACGAAGAUGACGAUGAGGAUGGGGAUGAGGAUGAUGGCGAUGACGUGAAAAUGGAGGACGCCGUCAAGACCGAAGCCGACGGUAACCGGGCCGUCGACGAUGAGAACGAGGACGACGAGGACGAGGACGAGUUCGAAUCAGACGAAGAGGAGUAUGAAGAAAAGCUGAAGGGCGACGGCGAUGGCGAUGACGAUGAGGACGAUGAUGACGACGACGUUAAAAGUGAGGACGAUGACGACCGCGCCCGUAAUACCGUAAAGAACGAGAAUGGCCGCGAUGACGAAGACGAAGACGAAGAGGAGGAAGAGGAAGAGGAGGAAGAGGAAGAGGACGAGUAUGUCAAAGAGGAAGAGGAAGAUCAUCGCCGAACCAAAGCCUCCCGGAACCAGACCCCAAAGUCGUCGUCGCGAAGUCAGGUCCUUGCCGAACUGACCCGCAAGAAGCAGUCGCGAUCGACAGCCAAAUCAAGCAGGGACGACUCGGACGACGAUGAGUAUCAGAUCCGAACCACCAAGUAUACAUCCCCAGCUCUGCAGCCAAGACAGGGGCCCCAGCGGACCAGUCAGCGGCUCGAGUCGGCUUCCAAGAGCAAGGGAUCAUCGCGCUACCGCCGAGUUUCCAGCGACGACGACGAUGACGACGACAGCGUCGACUACGAAGCCUAGAUUCACCCACGUCUCCAGCACCUCAAUGACCUGACCCGACCCGACCCGACCCGACCCGACCCAGUCCGUGCCUCGACCUCUUCGCACCCAGUAUCGCACUUCACUCCUGUCCCGACAUUCGUAGCACACUCCGACCCUAACCAGGGGUUCGAA